GCCAGUACUGUCUCAGUCUGUGAUCUCACGAUGUCUUCCCUAUCUUUUUCCUUCGGGGCAUUCGGCGACAUUCUGGCUCUAGCCCAAAUCACAACGACGCUCUUCAGCACCUGCUAUCGUUCUAUCAACUCCGCCGAAGAGUAUCGAUCUCUAAAGCGUGAGGUCGACAGUCUAUCGUACAUCAUCGACUGUGCUCGUACGAACAUCCAUCUACACCUACACGACGAUGACCGAUUAUGUCCGGCUACGAGACACGCCGUCCAUAGCGCGCUAACGAGGUCGCACGCGUUGGUAGACGAGAUGAAGGGAUGUAUGGAGAGCUACGAGGGAUAUCUAGGGAGCGGAGGGAAUGGGAAUGUUUGGGGAACGUGCGUUGGGAGAGUGAUGUGGCCUGUGUGCGGUGUGGUGAAGAAAAUGGAACGGCUGAGGAAGGAGGUGUUGGCGAGGAUAGUAGAAGUGAAUUUAUUACUAUCGAUAGCGCGAACACAUGAAACGGACGAUCGAAAAAGCGACCGUUCUUCAGUGAAAAAUGCGCAGACCGUAUCUGCAUCGCCGACAUACGACGAACAAACCGGGAUCCAGAGCAACACUGCGGGCACAGCACCAGAUGCUCUGCCCUCCGAGGACAAAGUCGACCCAAAUGCUGCACAGCCAGCUAAUCUCCCCUCGUACCUCCAAGCUCUCGAAGCAGGGGCUAAUCCUCCUCGUGAGGCGUACCAUGCAGCGGCCUCCGAAGACCCCGUUUCUCAUGAUAGCAAGCCUCCACCAGCGUCCGACGCUUCGAAUGGGGACAAUGAAAAUCUCAGUCUUGCUGUCGUUGCAGCAUCUGACGCUGCGGAAGUCAUGUCUCCAGAAUAUGCUGCCCACGAUUUCGCCACCGACGUUGCAUCUUCGCAUAACGUGCCUCCAGAUACCUCAUCUUCAGCGAUUCCAAAGUCUUCGUCGUCCAAUACCUACGCUCAGAGUCCGAGAGACGGCGCCACCCUACCUGACCGUCCCGGAGUAGUGCCACGUCCUUACGCGACCACGGCUUUGAACGACUCAGAUCGCCCGCAUAACGACGCAUCCGAAAAUAUUGACAUCGAAUCUCAACUCAUCCUCCCACCAUCGACAAAUUUCCGUCCAAAUCCUGCUCCCCCUCCUCUUUCUGUUCUCAAGGGCUGGUUCCCUCGGGAUAAAAAGCCAGCGACAAUGUUCGACCUCGCGAUAGUCUCGUCAUACCGUCCGCCAUCGACUGAAUUAUCGAUGAUAGUUGCAUCUCCUGGUGUUUCGGCGGAUGAGAAGGGACACGAUCUUGGACUUGAAAUUGUUCCUCCGGUCUAUGCGAAGAGGAUGGCGGAGGUGGCGGAAGUGUGA